UAUCUACAGACAUCACAUUAACAAGAAAAAACUGACGGAGAGAGACCAGAGCCUCCAACAACCUAUCCUGACUCUGACUUCACCCACCGAGGCUCUGAAUUAGGACAGAAAAGACCUUGUGAUCCCACCAUUCCUGCCACUUUUUAGACGGCUCCUUGUUUAUAGAUUUGUUGGAUUUCUUCUGGGUGUCUCUCUGGAAACGUUGCCACCAUGUCGACGGCUGUGGAAGCGACCGGGUUCCUCAUGUGUAUAAUCAGCUGGCUGGUCACCGGUUCUGCGCUGGCCAACGACUACUGGAAGCUUUCCACCGUGUCCGGCAGUGUCAUCAUCUCCCAGAGGCAGUUUGAGAACUUGUGGCACUCCUGCGCCGAGAACAGCGCCGGCAUUGCUGAGUGUAGAGACUUUGAGUCGAUGCUGGCCCUCCCCGCUCACAUUCAGGCAUGUCGGGCUCUGAUGAUCAUCUCUCUGCUGCUCGGCCUUGCCUCCAUGGUCGUGUCUAUGCUCGGGUUGAAGUGCAUCAAGAUUGGCUCGGCCACCGACCAAACCAAGGCCAAGGUCUGUGUCACAGGAGGAAUCCUGAGCAUGCUCGCCGGUUUGUGCUGCAUGAUCGCAUGUUCCUGGUAUGCCUACAGAGUCGUGCAGGACUUCCACAACCCGUUCUUCGGAGGUGUGAAGUUCGAGCUGAGUACUGGUCUCUACAUUGGAUGGGGCGGAGCCUCUCUGGCUAUACUGGGUGGAGCUUUCCUCUGCACCGCCUGUAAGAGAGCAACAGCUGGAGGCAAGAAAGCCGGUUUUUAUGGAAACAAACCACAGAAGGUUUACACGGCUACAAACAAGUCUGAUCCAGAUUCAGCCAGAGCUUACGUCUAAAGACACAUCAACAACUUUAAGGACAUUGUACGGGCUUACCUUCACUUCCCGACGCCCCUAACUUUAACCUGAUUCAUGUAAACUGACGUAACAAAGUUGAGACCCUAAAACUAAGUCUUUUUUUUAGGAGAGCAGCUGUUUGUCCCCAGAUGGGAGGACAGCUCCCACAAUGUGAUAAUUACUGUAAACACACCAUGUCUGCUGAUAAAUGCCUCAUAACGUA